GCUUGCUGCCUCUGCUGAUAUUCCUGCUUACAUGAGUAAGGCUUUAAGAACAGUGCUCAUGUGAGCUGGCUGUAAGAUGGUUCAUAAAAAUGUUUUCAUUCUAGUAAUGAGAGGAAGUGCAAAUGACGAUUAAGAAGGCAGUGAAACUGACUGGAUACAAAGUGCCCUUUAAAUUGGAAAUAAAAGCACUUAAAGCAAUAUUAUUUUCUAAUCUUUCUGUUGUAUUUAUUGUAAUUUGUGAAGGGUACAAAGCAUUUGGAGGGUAAUGUGAUCCCAGCAUUUUCUUUACAGCUCUAAAAACAAAAAAUACAUUUGCAGGUUCAGAGGAUAUCUCACAAAAAAAAAAUUCUUUUUCACUUCAGUAUUUUCCAUAUGAUAGAAAAGCAACAUUCAUAAAUAUAGAGAAAAUACUUACCUUGUGGAAACUUCAUUCUGUUGCAGUACUUAAUAUUUUUAUAUAUUGGGGAUAUAUGUGGACUGACACUGUUUCACUUUGAUAGAAUGAAGCGAGGAAGGAAAAACAGUGAGGCCAACCAUAGUUGUUCAGAAGAGGAGAUUGGAAAAGAAUCCAAGAAACAGAAGACUACAAGCAAAGAAUCCACUGAAAUAUCUCAAAGUCCUGAUUGGGCUAACUUGCUUCAAGACAUUAUUCUGCAGGUGUUUCAGUACCUUCCUCUUCUUGAUCGUGCUCAUGCAUCACAGGUCUGCCGAAGCUGGAAUCAAGUGUUUCAUAUGCCUGAUCUCUGGAGAUGUUUUGAAUUUGAACUGAAUCAGCCAGCUACAUCUUACUUGAGGGCUACACAUCCUGAGCUCAUCAAGCAGAUAAUUAAAAGGCAUUCCAAUCAUCUACAGUAUGUUAGCUUCAAGGUGGACAGCAGCAAGGAAUCAGCAGAAGCAGCUUGUGAUAUUUUAUCGCAACUUGUGAAUUGCUCUCUCAAAACACUUGGACUAAUUUCAACUGCUCGACCAAGCUUUUUGGAUUUACCAAAGUCACACUUUAUUUCUGCACUGACAGUGGUGUUUGUAAACUCCAAAUCCCUUUCAUCACUUAAGAUAGAUGAUACACCUGUAGAUGACCCAUCCCUUAAAGUAUUAGUGGCUAACAACAGCGAUACACUCAGAUUGUUAAAAAUGAGCAGCUGUCCUCAUGUUUCUCCUGCAGGUAUCCUUUGUGUUGCUGACCAGUGUCAUGGCUUAUGUGAGUUGGCACUGAACUACCAUCUGUUAAGUGAUGAGCUUCUACUUGCUUUGUCGUCUGAGAAACAUGUCAGAUUAGAACAUUUACGCAUUGAUGUGGUCAGUGAGAAUCCUGGACAGACUCAAUUCCACACCAUUCAAAAGAGCAGCUGGGACGCUUUUAUCAAGCAUUCUCCCAAAGUAAAUUUAGUAAUGUACUUUUUCUUGUAUGAAGAGGAGUUUGACCCAUUCUUUCGUUAUGAAACACCUGUCACUCACCUGUACUUUGGGAGGUCAGUAAGCAAAGAUGUACUUGGUCGUGUUGGAAUGACAUGUCCUCGAUUGGUUGAACUGGUUGUGUGCGCCAAUGGAUUACGGCCACUAGAUGAAGAGCUGAUUCGUAUUGCAGAACGCUGUAAGAAUCUAUCAGCAGUUGGCCUAGGGGAGUGUGAAGUCUCUUGCAGUGCCUUUGUUGAGUUUGUGAAGAUGUGUGGUGGUCGCCUCUCUCAGCUCUCUAUAAUGGAGGAAGUCCUGAUUCCUGAUCAGAAGUACAGCUUGGAGCAGAUUCACUGGGAAGUGUCAAAGCAUCUUGGUAGAGUCUGGUUUCCAGACAUGAUGCCCACAUGGUAAAGUCCUCAAAGACUUAAGAGCAUGUGAAAUAGCACCUUAAAUAUGAGCAUAUCAUAUUGCAACUUACUGUAUAAGCUUAUUUAAUAAUAUAGUUUAACUAUAACGUCACUGCAUUAUAUUUUUUUAAAUGAUGUCCUAUUUAACACUUGUUUUUGAAAUCCAGAUUUAAGCAUAGAAAAUGUGGAUAUUUCAGAAACAGAUUUUUGUCCAAAUAAAAGCGGUCUCUAUUUUAGAUUUGCUUUUAUGCCAUUGAUAGUGACCCUGAAUUUAUGUACAAAAUAACACUAUUUAAAAAUAUUGAAAUAUUUAAAAACUCUAGUUGUGAAAUAUCAAUCAUGAAUAAGAAUAUUUUGUCCCUUCUUGGUUUAGAUAAAUAUUGAACGUAAUUGAAGUUGAUUUACAAAGGGAGAAGAGAUUGCUUGCUUUAUUGCAGAUUAUAGCAGUUACCUACAAUGUUCAAAUUGUGACAGCUGUCUAGACUACAAAAUGUUAAGAUUCUAUGGAGCAUUUGGUAAUCUGUGUAAUUUAUACAUUACAAUGUAAUAACUAUAAGAGGCAAGAGCAAUACAUAGUAGUAUAGUUUAUACAUAUUAAAUUUGCUAACUUUAUUUGUUCCUCAAAAUAAGUUAGUGUGCAAAGUAGUAGUGAUGAGGGUUAUCAAAAGCUUUUUUUUUCUCUAUGCAGUUUUUUAAUGUAAACUUCACAUUUUAGGGUCUUCAGAUCCAUAUGUAAACCUGUUUUAAGGUAUUAAAUAUAGCUCAGGAAGCCAACACAUUCUGCAAGAAAACAUUGAUAAUACUCUCUUUUAGAUAAUGGUUGGAAUAAAUGGGCUUUAUUUAAACGUUUGCAGGAUUUGAUCAGAUGGAAUUCUGUAUGUGUCUAGACCAAUGGGAAGCUAAAAAUGUUGGAGAGAAAUGUUGAAUAUAAUAAUGGCCGUUAAGAGAAUAAUGGGGACCCAUUUGACAAAAUAGUCGAAGACCCAUUAACUGCUUAAAAUUUUAAGAGAAAAAUAGCUUUGUAACUAACAGUUGCCUAAACUUUAAACUGAUUGCUAUUCUGUAAAUCUGUCUUCGGAAAUGUUUAUGUAUGAAGUGAAUGUUUGAUAGCUAUCCAUUUUUGUACACCUUUUAUUUCAACUAGUUACAGACCAUUUCAUAAUACUUAAAAUUCUAAAAGAGCAGCAGAAUUGUGUGAACUAAGCAACCAGUAAUAGAGAGCAAUAUACAGAAAUUAAAAGGAAAUUUGGCAAAAUUAAAUGAUAAAUAAUAUCUAUCAAAGAAAAUAUUAGUUUAUAUGAAUUUUGCUGGUGGCUAACUUCAUCUUUGAAUUGUACAGCCAACUAUAGUAGUAAAUAGAUUUUCUUCUAAUUUCAUUGAUGGUCAUCAUGCUCAAGGGUAAACUGUAAUAAAUUUAUAAUAGCGUAUUUAAGUUCAUAAUUAUAUUUUUGAGCAAACAUUGCUCAGCAGACCAUCUUUAAAAGGAAAGCUGUAUGUUUCUGUAGAGCUUUGGUUUAAAAAUCCCACUUUAUUGAAUAGGCAGUUUUUGUAUUAGAAUUUGUUAAAUUUAAUGUAGUAUAUAAUUUGCUUUCAUCUGUACAAAGAUGUCAAUACAUUUAAUCUCUGUAAAAGAAAUAUACUAAGUUUGUUGAUUUUUAAUAUGUUGACGUUGAUACUUCAAAGGAUCAGUCUGGAAUUUCAUUACAGUAUUUUAGGCAGACAAGGUUCCUUGGGUGAAUUUGAUAUAUCUUUUAUUGGGUUGGUCUGAUAAAAGAUAUCAAAUUCACCCAAGGAACCUUGUCUGCCUAUGUCCUUAGCCCAACACGGCUAAAAACCUACACCCCUGCAUUACAGUAUUUUGGAAGCCAUAAAUGUUAUUGAUGCACUAAAUUCAUUUUUGAAGUAACUUCUUCCAAUAAUAUGACUAAAACGUCGUUCUGAGAGGCAAACUGUGAAAGUCAGUCCCUCUGAGAGAGGGAGAGAGCAGCAUUUGAUCUAUGCAACUCCAUAAACAAGAACAGUUGUGGAAGGCAAGACACAUUUACACCAACAUAUCUCCAAUUAUUUUGUCACAAGGAAUUUCAUUCAUUUCAAGUCUGUCUUUCUGUUUGAAACCAUUCAACAUCAGACCAUGAGAGGGGAAAAAAUGCAUGCAUGUGGAAGAAGGCUUCUUAGUUAUAACUAUAUAAGGUAAUUGGGGAUGGGGAACACAAGUUUAUUUGCAAAGCCUUUGCAGUUAGAAAUACAACAGUAACAAUUCACCUUCAACUGAAGAAAAUAUAAGCUCUCUUAACCUCGCCUAUUUAGGAUGAUGGACAGCAGUAUAAAACUAAGAUUUUCUUUAUCAAUCAGUUUCAAAGAAGAUGUAAAUACAUUGAAGAUAAGCCAUCAACUUUUUCAUGGAAGCUUCUUGUAUGAGUUAAAUGUUUCAUUUAUAAAGUUUUACAAUACUUCACAUUUACACUUUAUAUAUGUGCAAAUACUGAAGUAUAAAAUGAAUUUGAUUACUACUACAUUUAUGUACAUGUACCUACUUUAAGUAUAUUUCAA